AUGAUGAAGAUGUACGAAAUCACCAUGAGGAAAAUGCAAUCGGAGAUAGAAACCAAGGAGAAUGACAUUGCUGCCCUUGAGAAGGAGCUAGAAGAAAUUAUUUCGAACAACAAGACCCUCGAGAAGAGACUCAAUUCCAGCGGGCAAUUCUCAGUCCUCGACUGUGUAGAUCCUUCGAAUGCUACUCCCAAUGGAUUUAAUAUUGCUUUGCAUUACGCUGUGAGAUCGAUUCGAAGCUUCGUCAAGGUAAUGAUUCGAGAAAUGGAGUCUGCGAACUGGGAUAUAGAGGCUGCUGCAAGUGCGAUUGAACCUGAAAUCGUGUUUCCGAAAUCGAAUCACAGGUGUUUCGCGUUCGAAUCGUUUGUUUGCAGAGAAUGUUCGAUGGGUUCAACUCUCACACCUAUCAGAUACCCAACGAGUCCGUCCCAUUUGGAGAUCAACGCAGAGGAAAAUGAUAAAGUCCGGCGAGUGGCCCGACACGGCUUUCUUCGCGGCGUUCACGGAAGUGGCCAAGCGCGUUUGGCUCUUGCAUUGCUGGCUUUCUCGUUCGACCAGGAGGUGCAGAUUUUUCAGGUGAAGAGGAACUGUAGAUCCUCGGAGGUCUACAUGGAGAAGCGUGGCGGAGGACGUGUUCACCGCCGCGGAGGACAGCGGAUUCCGAGUGGCUUUCACGUUGUUCCGGGGUUAAGAUCGGGAAGACGGUGA